AUGGCAAAGACGAAAGGCCGCAUUCGGCCUGUUGACUCUGGGAACAGUGUCAAUCAAGGUACCAGUAAAUCAAAUAGCGAUAAUGAAAUGGGGAGUCAAGGUAAGAGUACACUUGUUAUUGGAGACUCAAGCCCCGUUUACACGACAGUCAUUUUAGGCACGGCACGCUUAAAUUUUGGCACGCGGACCCAUUUUUUUGGGCACGGCACUCUUAAUUUUUGUCGUGUAAACGCAAAAUUAAGGGUCCGCGGGCCCAAAAUUUUAAGCGGGCCGAGACCUCCUCAGGAGGUAGUCUCGGCCCGCUUAAAAAUGGGUCCGCGGCCCCAUUUAUGCAUAUUUUUAUUUUUUCACGCAUGCGUUUUGUUUCUCGCACUGCAAAAUGGCGUGUAAAGAAGGGAAAAAUCGAGGAAAAUUGUGGUCAGAAGAAGCAACAAGAACUCUCAUAAAUUUAUGGUCGGAAGAAACAAUACAACUUUCUUUAGAGAAUUGCAAAACGUCGAAGGAAACCAGACAAGUGUAUAACACGAUUUUGGUAAGUUGAAGCAAUAUUUAAUAUUUUUUUCAGUUUUACGACAACUAAUAUUUUUUUUCAAUUUUGCGAUGAUUAUUUUGUAAUAAUAUACAGUUUUUUCUUGACAAUUGUUAUCUGUUUUGGUGUACAUUUUUGCUAAAAAUUGACCAGAUUUUACUUCACUUUAAACUUUACAAAACAAGUCAUACAAAAACUCAUUUGUUUUAAUAGACAUGAGCACGUAUUAAAAAUCGACUCGAACGUCCAGUCCACAAAAUCACAAGGUUCAUUAUUUAUUGAAUUGUUUGUGCCAGUGUAGGUAGUGCAUUAAAAUAAAAGGCCUUCGAAAGCCAAAAGGCCUUCGCGCGAAAUGUCGAAAUUCUUAUGUUUUUCAGGUAUAGUUGCAUCCUAACCAACGAGAGCUUGUUUAUUGUAUUUAUUGCAGGUAAAACUACAUUCGAAGGGAUACAUAGAUUUCAAUCUUAAAGAAGUAAUUGGAAAAAUUAAAAAGUUGCAUCAAAAAUACAAAUCCCGUUAAAGACCAAAAAAAUAAAAGCGGUAACAGUGCCAACCCAAAAAAAAGAAUGGAAAUUUUUCCAGGAGAUUGACAAGUUCAUGUACACGAAGCAUAAUAUUAAUCCUCCAUCACUCAUUGACACAUCGGCAGACUCAGUUGAGACUGAACAUGAAAAUGUUGAUGACAAUUUCAGUCAGUAUAUUUUUCUUUGAAAUGUAAAAUUUCCAAUUGUAUAUUUAUCAGCAAUAUUAUAUUUGAUAAAAAAUUUAUAUUUUAGUUGAUGUACUUGUUGAAAAAUAUGGACAAGGGGAGGUUUCUGUGAGAAAGUGUGAAACAUGCGAAUUUGAGCAAACAGUGCGUACUGCUGGGGCUCAUGUUAAUGGUGACGAAGGUUCAGUGAUGGUUUUCACAGAUGAUGAUGAGUUUAUUUGUCCUAAUUGCAUGAUGAAUACUCCAGCUGAGAAAGAUACAUGUAAUCUGUCAAUACUAAUUAUUCAACUGUUAACCUCUAAGAAUGUUUUUUAACCUUUAUUCAACAUUCAUAAUUGGGGAGUGAAGAGGGGGGAGGUGUCACAUAUUUUUUAGCCAGGAAAAAGAGGGGUUCAUAAAAUAUUAGACAGUUUAUGAAGGCGGGGAGGGGGUCUGCUGUUUUAGUUCAAUUAAUUGUUUUAUACAUGCCUUCUCACAUUUUGUUCUUCUCACAUACGAGAGGGUGGGGUGGGGGGAGCAUUAUUUUUCCAGGUUAUGGCAAAGCAGGGUCACAAAAUAUCAUUCCUUAAAAUUUUGAAUUACACCUCCUCCCCCCCCACCCCCUGAUAAAUUAUGACCAGUCCCUUAAAUAAAAAUGUUUGACAAUAUAAGAGGGGGUAACCUUAUUAAGUUUACUGUAAACCUCCAAAUAUAAUGCUUGAACCCUAUAAUGCCCUGGCUUAUAUUUGCUGAUAGGUGUUAAUAUAUGCAGGGGCUUAUAGGGUUGGACUUGUAUUCGCAGGUUUACAUUACCUUGGGCCAUUAACCAUUAAGUGGCAAAGUGCCCUGAUGUGCCCUACUUUACUAAUUUACCCUGUCUAACACCAGCUGAUUGUACUCGUCAAGAGGAGAGACUGCCACUCAAUGGGGUAAUCAACCGUUUAAGUGGCAAAGAGCCCUGAUAUUUUAUUAUUUCAUUCUGUAUAACACCAGAUGAUUUUACCCAGGUCAAGGGGUGAAACAGUGCUGCCACUCAAUGGGUUAAAUUAAUAACAAAGCUGCUAAAGUAAUUCAUGGCCAAACAGUAAAAUUUUCUUUGAAGGUACUGUUCCUGCCAAUGAUGACAAGAUAGAUGAAAAGGAGGAAACAUAUGAGGAAGAAGGGUCUUUAAAGCAGCCCUCUAGUGUGCCAAAGCCAAUACCAAAAAAAAGAAGAAAAACUAACAUGGAGAAAUCGUUAGAAACUGUAUUCAAACAGUUUAAGGAUUGCGCUGAUGAAGAUUUUUCACG